CUUGGACAUCUUGGACAUCUCGUAAUAGGGUUUUCAACAACCCAAUCGGUCCGUGUCGCAAGCUCAGGAUGAGGCUGGCCGCGUCUGAAAGCUGCCGUUUCCCUCUGCUGCUGCUACUAUUCUUGUUGACGCUGUGACAUAAUGUUAUUAACCUCCAGGCUGUGUUGUGGUUGACCUGGCGGAUAUUUGACAAGACGCGACGCCAGCUUGGUCCCAUCCUCUCCUCCCCUUCUCUCCCAGGUCCAGGUGUGCUAUUGUCGUCUAUGUCUGUCUGCCCACCUAGUUUGCCCUACCAACCUGGAUUUGGUAGUCACGCCAACAUCGUCGAGUCACCAUCGACACACUGCUGCUAGCUCUGAGUCACCACAAUUCGAGAGACAAUUCGAGAUACGAAGCAGGUAGAAGAGCUAGCCCACCAACGGACGGCCGUCAUCACACUCCCACACUCCCACAAUCCCACAAUCAUGGCGUCCAUCUUGUCUCGCGCCAGCAGCGGCCGGGACCUUGCAAGGCAGAGGCUCCAACAGGCGCCUUCGCGUAGAGGCGGUCUAUGCACGAGUCGUCCCUGGCAUAUUUUUCCUAUCAGCUGCAGGUGCACUCAUCAGGGUCCCUUGGCGACCAUUUCGGGCCCCGACUCCGCCUGUGUCCUUGAUAGACACCGAGCCUCAGCCGAUCCUGACCAGUCCUCCGCCCGCCCACCUGUCACCCCAGCGCCCCCGGCUGCCCGAACCCCGCGGUUUUGCCCGCCUGCGCCGAUUCGGAAUACCACCACUUUAUUUUCUGCCGGUCCUUUCGCCCCUCCAUGCUUUUUGACUUCGACCGCGUCCCCGAACUGCUCCCCGUUCGCCUCCUCUUCCUUUUACUCGGCCUCGACCUCGACCUCGACCUUCCCACUCGCCCUGAAAAGCAGAAGGAUCACCCCCGCCUCGUGCAUCCUCCGGCCUCUUCCUGUUGGCAGUGACUCACUUAACCCUGGAAAGGCGUCCUUUUCUACGUCCAGCCCAGUCAUGACCGCCCAGAAGAUCGAUGGCACUGCCAUCGCGAAGAGUAUCCGUGCGAGGUUGCACUCUGAGAUCCAGGAGAGGAAGAGGGCAAACCCAAAGUACAUCCCUUCGCUCAAGAUCAUCCAGGUGGGCGACCGAAGUGACUCUUCCACGUAUGUGCGCAUGAAGCUCAAGGCGGCCGAGGAGGCCGGCAUCUCAUGUGAACUGACUCAUCUGCCCACCGACAUCUCCGAGGCAGAGCUCCUCCAGGAGAUCUACAAGCUCAACAACGACACUUCUGUCCACGGCAUUCUGGUCCAGCUCCCAGUCCCGGACCACAUUUCCGAGUAUGCUGUCACCUCUGCCGUCAGUGCUGAGAAGGAUGUCGACGGCUUCGGCCCCGAGAACAUCGGUGAGCUUGCAAAGCGCACCGGCCAUCCUCUCUUCACCCCAUGUACCCCCAAGGGUGUCAUGGUCCUGCUGCGGGAGUCAGGAGUGGACCUGAAGGGCAAGAAUGCCGUUGUCGUUGGCCGAAGUGAUAUAGUGGGGGCCCCUGUCAGCUACCUUCUCAGACAUGCUGAUGCCACCGUGACCGUCUGCCACUCCAAGAGCCAGCACCUGGAGGCUCAUCUCAAGCAAGCUGAUGUCGUCGUCGCCGCUCUUGGCAAGCCGGCCUUUAUCAAGGGAUCUUCAUUGAAGCCCGGUGUCGUCGUCAUCGAUGUCGGAACCAACUACAUACCUGACUCCACCAAGAAGUCGGGCCAACGACUCACCGGCGAUGUCGAGUUUGAGUCAGCAUCUGAGGUGGCCUCCUUCAUCACGCCUGUGCCCGGCGGUGUGGGCCCCAUGACCGUUGCCAUGCUGUUGGAGAACGUCGUCGAGUCUUGCACACACUAUUUCGAGAAGCAGAAGAACAGGAAGAUCGUGGCCUUGCCACUGAAGCUUAAGGAGCCUGUUCCCUCAGACAUCGCUGUGUCUCGAGCCCAGACGCCGAAGCAGAUCACCCGCGUGGCUGGCGAGAUCGGAAUCGCGCCCGGGGAGCUUGAGCCUUACGGCGCAUACAAGGCCAAGGUCGAUCUCUCCUUACUCAAGCGCCUUGACCAUCGCCGAAACGGCAAAUAUGUGGUUGUCACUGGUAUCACACCAACGCCGCUCGGCGAGGGCAAGUCGACCACGACCAUGGGUCUUGCGCAGGCUCUUGGCGCUCACGUCGGCAGACUCACAUUUGCCAACGUGCGCCAGCCCAGCCAGGGUCCAACAUUCGGUAUCAAGGGUGGUGCCGCUGGUGGCGGCUACAGCCAAGUCAUCCCCAUGGACGAGUUCAACAUGCAUCUGACUGGAGACAUCCACGCCAUCACGGCAGCAAACAACCUCCUGGCAGCUGCUAUCGAGACUCGUAUUUUCCACGAGAAUACCCAGAAGGAUGGCCCUCUGUAUAAGCGUCUUGUUCCGGCAAAGAACGGAAAGCGGGUCUUCGCCCCCGUCAUGUUCCGCCGUUUGAAGAAGCUCGGCAUUGACAAGACCAACCCCGACGAACUCACAGAGGACGAAAUUCACAGAUUUGCCCGCUUGGAUAUUGACCCGGAGACGAUCACCUGGCGACGUGUGCUCGAUGUGAAUGACCGUCAUCUGCGAGGCAUCACCGUGGGAACCGCGUCAACUGAGAAGGGGCAGACUCGUGAGACGGGCUUCGAUAUCUCUGUAGCCAGUGAGUGCAUGGCCAUCUUGGCCCUCAGCACCGACCUCAGGGAUAUGCGGGAGAGACUUGGACGCAUGGUCAUUGCCACUUCAAGGAAUGGUGACCCAGUGACCUGCGACGACAUUGGUGCGGGUGGAGCUUUGACUGCCUUGAUGAAGGACGCCAUCAAGCCCAACCUCAUGCAGUCGCUGGAAGGGACGCCAGUCUUCGUCCAUGCUGGGCCAUUCGCCAACAUCAGCAUUGGCAACAGCUCUAUCCUUGCUGACAAGAUGGCGCUCAAGCUCGUGGGCACAGAACCUGACGAGGAGCACGAGUCCAAGGCCGGCUUUGUCGUCACUGAGGCUGGAUUCGACUUCACCAUGGGCGGCGAGCGGUUCUUCAACAUCAAGUGCCGGACAUCUGGCCUCGUCCCCGACGUGGUCGUCGUGGUCGCCACUGUCCGUGCCCUGAAGGUGCACGGCGGUGGCCCACCCAUCUCCCCAGGAGCAGCUCUGCCCCAGGUGUAUAGGGAAGAGAACGUCGAGGUCCUGCGAAAGGGUUGUGUGAACCUCAAGAAGCACAUUGCGAAUGCCCGUGCUUACGGUGUUCCCGUGGUUGUCGCCAUCAACAAGUUCGUCACGGACACGGACGCGGAAAUCGCUGUCAUCCGCGAGGAGGCCAUCGCUGCCGGUGCCGAGGACGCGAUCCUGUCCAACCACUGGGCUGAGGGCGGAAAGGGUGCCAUACAACUGGCCGAAGGUGUUAUUGCUGCGUCGCAGAAACCGAAGGACUACAAGCUUCUGUACGAGCUCGAGGGCAACACUGUCCAGGACCGCAUUGAGGCUAUCGCCAAGAAGAUGUACGGCGCGGACGCGGUGGAGUUCAGCGAGCUUGCACAAAAGAAGGUCGACACGUACACCAAGCAGGGCUUCGGCAACCUGCCAAUUUGCGUUGCCAAGACGCAGUACUCGCUCUCGCAUGACCCAGAUCUGAAGGGCGCUCCGACCGGGUUCACUGUGCCCAUCCGGGAUGUCAGAAUGGCAGCUGGCGCUGGGUACCUGUAUGCCCUUGCUGCUGACAUCCAGACCAUCCCUGGUCUGCCGACCGCUCCCGGCUACCUCAACGUCGACGUCGACUUGGAGACGGGCGAGAUCGACGGUCUGUUCUAGACUGGCGAAGCGUGCCAACAGCACACCUAUUUUGUAUUCUGGUAGACGAGAUUAUACGUCGUGUAUCACUCAACGUGACAUUGCUGGCGAAUUGGGACAAGGGCGAUUGGGAUAUAGAGACAUGGCAUCUUUCAACACACUGGCGCUGCACGGCGGAAGGGAGACGGAUUAAAAGACGCAAGACAAGCUUGUGAUGAUACCUCAACUGCAUGACAGCAUAUUGUUAAUACCAAUAAAACAAGUUCAACACCAA